UCGAUAUGACGGGGCUUGCCUGGUCGUACAAGGGGCGUCGUCGUUGCUAUACGGGCCUGGCACAAGAGUGGUCAUACUGAGAAUUGAAUCACGGAUUGCAUAUACCACGAGUGAUGAAGUUUGUCGGGAGCAGAGACAACUCAGGAGAUAUCAGCAGGUCUCAGAAUCAACUUGCUUCCGGGAGAAGUAUAUAAGAGGGAGCGACGACAGCGGUGAGCUAACCUUUCCUCCUUCUACUUCUGCUACUACCAGAGCAAGACAAUCGCCGCUGUAGCACUCAGUCUCUGAAACCAACAUUACAACUACGGCGCAGAACGACAAGGGCAUAGAGUAGGGUUCUUUACUCGACACAACAUUACCAUCACAGAGGACAAAGGUCGCAUCGAACUGCUGGGGCAGCCCGACGACAUGGUUCCGCGAGGGACGCCAAACACCAGUGUACCUCCCUGGCGUCAGUCCCAGGGCAGGCCGCAGCAAAGCGAUGAAUACGGGACUGCUUCCGACUCUGGUGGUGCGCAGCAAGGGGAUGCCGGACAAUCGUCUUGGUUUCGACAGCGACACGGGGGACGAGGACGGCAACGCCAGGACCUGGCAUCGACGAACAUUCCACUCGACCCGCACCCCUUCACGGGGGGAAGGGCGAUGGAGGAUCUACAGGAACUCCAGCUACGACUGCUCCGGGAUUCGUACGUACGAAGCCAGGGAUUCCCUUCGGGACUCGUUCCCGUUCGGGGGCCCCCACUACCCCAGUGGCCGGACCAUCCGGGCCUUCCAUUGCCCGGGUUGAUGCUGCAGCCGGACGUCUUUGGCGGCUACGCAAUUCCCAUGGGGCAGAUCGCAGUCAACCCCCUGGGAACCGUGCUGGAGCAGUCGGAAGCUGCAUUCCGAGAUUCGCCUGCUUCGCAGGGUCACGGGGGACGGACGAACCAGGGUCGUGGCGGUGGCGGUGGCCGUGGCGGUGGACGAGGACGAGGACGAGGUCGGGGUCAGGGUCGGGGUCGGGGUCGGGGUGGUGGCCGUGGACGUGGCCGGGGUUGGAGUCGCGGGUGGCGCCGGGAUGGGAACCAGGACCGAAGUUGGUCUCAAGCUCCAUCGACGACGACGAUGACGACGAUGUCCCAGGGCCGCAGCAUGGCGGGCACUAACACGCCGUCCCCGCUCACGGUCUUUCCUCAUCGGCCCAAUAGUGCCCGGCCACCGUACCAGAGCGGUGGUGGCCUCUCGUCUAGGGUGAACGUCUUCGGAUCCCAGCUCGAUUCUGAUCGGACGACGGCGUCCGUUCGUGAACCGAGGGGCCGCCGGGGAUCUCGGGUAUCGGGGACAGGUCGCCAGACCACAAUGCUUCCUCAUGGUGUGCAGGUGGUGAUUUCCGACACGACUUCUUCGGAUGACGACAGUGGUGGCGGGGUCGAGAUUGAGGAUCCCUUUUAUUUGGAGGAGUUUAUCCCCAACCGAUGAAGGGGCAGGACUAUAUGUGCUUCUUUCUCGGGUGUGUUGUGUGUAUUGUGUAUUAGGGGGUUUCACCACAGAGUCAGUCCUGGAAAGUCUUGGUCCUAGCAUAGAUACCUCAAGCGCCAAUUUUGGAUGUGAACUUUGCAGCAAGUUGGUGAUCACUGGUAAAACAGAACAGUCCCAGU